CGGUUCCGUGAUGACAUAGAGAAAAGCAUGGUCAUUUAUGGCCAAGUGUGUGUAAUUGAAGAAUCUGAUGAUGUGCUGUGUAGCAAUUGAGGUAGAAUUCAAGUUGACGAAUUCCCAGAGUGCCCUGCUAGGGUGAAGGAGUUUGAAGAUCUGUGCUGUACAGCAGGUCUCCUACAGGACGGGAAGUAGUUGAAGGAGCGACGGGAGCUGUGGAAGCUAUGGCAGUGGAUGCCCCGCAGCCUGUAGAGAUUCAGAAUGUCGUUCACCAGUUGAGGGAUACUGAUACACUGAUUUGUGACGAAGGUGGAUUUUGUGGCAUUUAUUACGCAGGUGAUUAAUUGUCCUGCCCAAACGAACAAGACGUUUAAGAAACUGGAUAUAAUUGUAUGUGCGGCUGAAAGGUUUUUGUAAAUAACUGCCGAAGCAUUGCCGGGAAUGAAGAAAUUCCCCACUCUCGGGCCCCUGAGACUGUGUAGGGGUGUGAUUUGGACUGUGACAGAAGGAGUGAGAGGGUUUUUUGAUUGAUCCAUUUUCGUAUUUUGUCUGAUGUCGUUUUACCCGCUUUUCUGGAAUGGACAUGACUUUUCCCCCCGCAGUUCACUAACUGUACAGUAGGUGGACACAUACACAUUACAUUUGUGUGAACGAAACAGGAACUUCCGGGCAAGCGCACGCCAUUCUUCAGAAUAAAGAAAGCGCCAGAACUCUUGAUGUUAAUAUGAUACCUUUUGUCUCCGUUUUAAAUGUAUGGCUACAGUCUGAGGCCGGUAACAUCAACAGUGAGGACAAACCCAACCUGCCUUUCUCCUUCCACACCGAGUCCAAACCUACAGUCACUGUGUCCUGAUUGUGACAGUGGAGCCCAGUUUGCUCUGCAGGAUCCAGAGAUGGCAUCAGUGAAGCUGGAAGACUGCAGUCAAACACUGGAGCUGAAUGUCAACAUUAAAGAUGAAGAAGAGGAGGAGAAGAUUAGGACAACUGUUAGUCAUGACCGACUCAGAUUAAGUCUGAAGCCGUUAACAUCAACAGUGAGGACAAUCCCAGCCUGCCUCUCUCCUUCCACACUGAGUAGAAACCUACAGUCACUGGGUCCUGAUUGUGACAGUGGAGCCCAGUUUGCACUGCAGGAUCCAGAGAUGGCAUCAGUGAAGCUGGAAGACUGCAGUCAAACACUGGAGCUGAAUGUCAACAUUAAAGAUGAAGAAGUGGAGGAGAAGAUUAGGACAACUGUUAGUCAUGGAUACCAUGUUGAGACAUUCUCCACAUCCAGAGAGCAACAGCAGGAAGAUCAGAGAGCUAAGAGGUCUCAUCACUGCCCACAUUGUGAAGAGAUUUUACCAUUUCUAUCAAAGCUAAAAAUACACCUAAAAAUACACACAGGAGAGAAGCCAUACUCCUGCUCUGACUGUGGAAAAUGCUUCAAAACAUCAACUGAGCUAAAACUUCAUCAGAGAACACACACAGGAGAGAAGCCUUACUCCUGCUCUGACUGUGGAAAAUGCUUCACAACAUCAACUCAUCUAAAACUUCAUCAGAGAACACACACAGGAGAGAAGCCUUACUCCUGCUCUGACUGUGGAAAAUGCUUCACAACAUCAACUCAUCUAAAAGUUCAUCAGAGAACACACACAGGAGAGAAGCCUUUCUUCUGCCCUGACUGUGGAACUCGUUUCUCUCAACUUUCCCUCUUAAAAUCACAUGAACGUAAACAUACAGGGGAGAUGCCAUACUCCUGCUCUGACUGUGGGUCGAGUUUCUCUCAGCUGGGCAACUUAAAAACACACCAACGUAUACACACAGGAGUGAAGCCUUAUUCCUGCUCUGACUGUGGAACUCGUUUUAAAACAUUACAUGAGCUAAAAGUUCAUCAGAGAACACACACAGGAGAGAAGCCUUACUCCUGCUCUGACUGUGGAAAAUGCUUCACAACAUCAACUCAUCUAAAAGUUCAUCAGAGAACACACACAGGAGAGAAGCCUUUCUUCUGCCCUGACUGUGGAACUCGUUUCUCUCAACUUUCCCACUUAAAAUCACAUGAACGUAUACAUACAGGGGAGAAGCCAUACUCCUGCUCUGACUGUGGGUCGAGUUUCUCUCAGCUGGGCAACUUAAAAACACACCAACGUAUACACACAGGAGAGAAGCCUUAUUCCUGCUCUGACUGUGGAAAAUGUUUUAAAACAUUAGGUCAUAUAAAGGUUCACCAGAGAACACACACAGGAGAGAAGCCUUACGUCUGCUCUGACUGUGGAAAAUGCUUCACAAUAUCAUCUCAUCUAAAAGCUCAUCAGAGAACACACACAGGAGAGAAGCCUUAUUCCUGCUCUGACUGUGGAAAAUGUUUUCAAACAUUAUAUGAGAUAAAAGUUCAUCAGAGAACACACACAGGAGAGAAGCCUUACGUCUGCUCUGACUGUGGAAAAUGCUUCACAAUAUCAUCUCAUCUAAAAGCUCAUCAGAGAACACACACAGGAGAGAAGCCUUAUUCCUGCUCUGACUGUGGAAAACGUUUUAAAACAUCAAAUGAGCUAAAAGUACAUCAGAGAACACACACAGGAGAGAAGCCUUACGUCUGCUCUGACUGUGGGAAGAGUUUCUCUCACCAGGGCAACUUAAAAACACACCAACGUAUACAUUGACUUCAUGUGGGUACCUGGGACGGUUGCGUCCCACCUGGUCAACAUCUGGUGAAAUUGCAGAGUGACCAAUUAAAAUUAAAAUAAAAUAAAGCUUAACUUGUUAAUCUAGCCGCCAUGUCAGAUUUCAAAAUGGCUUUAAGGCGAAAGCAAACCAUGUGAUUAUCUGAGGACGGCGCUCAGCACACAAAACAUUACAUAGUUACCAGCCAAGAAGACUAGUCACGAAAGUCAGAAAUAUGAUGAUCUUCAUAUGGUUGCACUCACAACACUCCCAGUUACACAAUAAAUGUUCAUUUUGUUCGAUAAAGUCCCUCUUUAUAUCUUGAAACCUCAAUUUUGUUGGCACAUUUUGUUCUGUAAUCCAAUGGCUCAAAUGCGGUCACAAGAGGCAGGCGAAAAUUUCAAAUAGUAUCCGUAAAGUUUGUAGAAACAUGUAAAACGAUGUUUAUAAUCAAUCCUCAGGUUGUUUUUAGCCUAAAUAAUCGAUAAUAUUUAAACUGGAAACAGCGUCGUCAAUAUAAAAGAAAAACAAGAAAGGUGCGCUCUGCAGGACCCAGCUCUGGGGACAUCCCACUAUCCACUGACUCAAUGUGGUCAUUCUCCCUCAUUUUUCAGAAUACAAGCCUGAAACAAUGUCUAAAGACUGUUCACAUCUAGUGUUAGCCAUAGGGAACGGAAUCUGGGUCCUAUCCCUUUAAAUGGUGGAUAGGCUUUCAUUGGAAAAACAGCCAUUUCAAAAUAAUGGCACUUCCUGGAUGGAUUUUCCUCAUGUUUUUGCCUGCCUUUUCAGUUAUGUUAUACUCACAGACAAUAUUUUUAAGUUUUAGAAACUUUGGAGUGUUGUCUUUCCAAUUCUACUAAUUGUAUGCAUUUCCUAGCUUCUGGUCCUGAAUAGCAGGCAGUUUACUUUGGGAACGCUUUUAAUCCGGAGGUGAAAAUAGUGACCCCUACCCUAGUGAGGUUAAGGAGAAAAGCCUCAUCGGUUCUCUGACCAGCUAAGAAUAAAGUCACUCCAUCACUUAAUUCUCAUCUCAUAAAAGAAGUUGUAAUUGGAUCAAAUGAAGAAAGCAUAGAACACUGUAGAACACUGUAAUCCUAUUGGUUCUCACUGUGAGAGAACUGUGCAGAGGAAAGGGAGCGUUAUAGAAUUUUAGCCUCUCUUUACUUUGCACCUUGUCAGUUUUGGUGUGUUUUGUUGGCUUCUACUGUAAAGAUUUGCACUUGGUGUUGAAUACCCUCUGUUAUUCUUCUCAUUUUGAAAACAAACACUAGUCUGCCAAUUGACUGGGUGGUACUGCUUCCCUCUCAGCCUGGCCUGACUCUGUCUGUAGGGAGAGUUUCAACUGGGCAGCUUAAAAACACACCAACGUUUACACGUAGGAGAGAAGCCUUACUCCUGCUCUGUGGAAGGGUGGGCGUGUAAACUCAAACAUCAUUCCAAAGGUUGAGUGUUUGAAUCUCAUCACGGAGGACUUUAGCUUUUUAGCAACUUGGCAACUACUUACUACUUUUUAGCUAUUACUUAGCAUGUUAGCUACCCUUUCUCCUAAACCCAUUUAACUCUAUCUUAAACCCCUCACCCCUAACCAAGCUAACGUCAGCAACAACAAAUUGGAAUCCGUAACAUAUCAUACAUAUUACAAGUUCGUAACAUAUUGUAUGAAUAGCAAUGCGUAAAAUAACGUAAGAAUUGUAAUUCUUAACAUACGAUACGUCCUACAAGUCGUAUUAUACUGAACAACAAUCUAAACCAAACAAUUUCAAAGAUUUACAGUUUGUAUAAGGAAAUCAGUCAAUUGAAAUAAAUGAGGCCCUAAUCUAUGUUAGGUUACAUUACAUUGGACCUCCAAUAUAAACUAAACAUGUAAAGUGUUGGUUUCAUGAGCUGAAAUAAAAAGAUCUAGCACAAAAAGCUAAUGUCUCUCAAAUGUUGUGCACAACUUUGUUUAUAUAUACUGUUAGUGAGCAUUUCAGCCUUUGUCAAGAUAAUCCAUCCACCUGACAGGUGUGGCAUAUCACGAUGCUGAUAAAACAGCAUGGUCAUUACACAGGUGCACCUUGUGCUGGGGGACCACACAACACAAUAUCACAGAUGUCUCAAGUUCAGGGAAUGUGCAAUUCUCAUGAUGACUGCAGGAAUGUCCACCAGAGCUGUUGCCAGAGAACUCAAUAUUUAUAUGUCUACCAUUAGCCACCUCUAACGUCCUUUUAGAGAAUUUGGCAGUACAUCCAACCGGCCUCACAACUGCAGAUCACAUGUAACCACGGCAGCCCAGGACCUCUUCACCUGCUGGAUUGUCCGAGGUGGUGGGGGGAGGGGGCUGAGUAGUAUUUCUAUCUGUAAUCAAGACCUUUUGUGGGGAAAAACUCAUUCUGAUUGGCCGGGCCUGGCUCCCAAGUGGGCCUAUGCCCUCCCAAGUCCCAAUGGCUGAGCCCAGUCAUGUGAAAUCCAUACUAAAUGGAGUGGCACAGAUGUUUUUGUAAUAUAUAAUACGUUUUGCUCUGAGACCAGAGCAGUAUUCUGUGGGAAGGAGCCACUUUUUUUUUAUUUUAACCCCUUUUUCUCCCCAAUUUCGUGAUUGUUGUAGUAGCUACUAUCUUUAUUGCUAAAACUGUGGUGCGGGCUUGGGAGAGACGAAGGUUGAAAGUCAACCCAACCAAGCCGCACUGCUUCUUAACACAGCGCACAUCCAACCCGGAAGCCAGCCGCACCAAACACUGUGCACCUGGCCACCUUGGUUA